AGAUUUAUCUUUACAUAAAAAGUGACUAAAUUUCGAUUACUUUUGAAAUUGUGGCUAUUUUUCAAUUACUACCGGUAAAUCUGGCUAUUUUUUUAAUUCUCUCCCAUUUAACAACACAAUUUAGGAAGCCCAUCACUUCACUCUUCAUAUGAAACAAUGCCCCUUCAAUUCUUCGAAAAUAACAAGAUUACCACUAGUCCACUACAUGUGCACUUGGCGGAAGCAAUAUAGUAUCAAAUUGUCCUUAAAUCUGUCCUAACUCACAAUAUCGCCACCAGAUUCCACCAUUAACUGCCAUAACUAAACAGAUGAUAUUAGCACAACCUCUGUAAAAUGAAGAAUCAAAAGCCCAUCUAUCCCUUCCAUGUAAUUAUAAUCUUAUCCAUGCCCCUUUAUGUCUUUUCACUCCGAAUUGGACCCCACUACUCUGACCCGUGCAACCGUCCACCGGCGGACCCACGAACAUUACAAACCGAUCAAAUGACGGUACUAAUCAACGGCUACUCCGAGCACCGUAUCCCACUUCUCACUUCAAUCGCCGCCACUUACGCCGCCGCGUCCUCCGUCGCCGCCGUCAUCAUCCUCUGGAGCAACCCCUCAACUCCUUCACAAACCCUAACAUCUCUCUCCCAAAACCUCUCGUCCAUCUCCACCGCCGCCCCAAUCUCCGUCCUCCGGCAGCCCUCCGCCAGUCUCAACCUCCGCUUCCACCCUCAAAAAACCAUCACCACGCGCGCCGUACUCAUCUGCGACGACGACAUCGAACCCGACUCGGAAUCAAUAAACUUCGCCUUCCAAAUCUGGAAAUCCGACCCGGAUCGACUAAUCGGGUUUUUCGUCAGGUCCCACAACUACGACUUAACCCAAAAAUCAUGGAUCUACACAAUGGAAAGUAGCAAAUACUCCAUCGUGUUAACAAAAUUCAUGAUUUUAAAAGCACAAUAUCUCCACCAUUACACGUGCAGUAAAGAAUACGAAAAGUUGAGGGCAAAAGUAGAAGAAAAGAAUAAUUGCGAGGAUAUUUUAAUGAAUUUUGUGGUAGCGGGAGAGGUAAAAAAGGGGCCGAUUUUAGUGGGAGCGAAGAAAGUGAGGGAUUGGGGAGAUGCAAGAAAUGAAGGUGGAGAAAUGGAGGAAAGGGAUGUGGGGUUGAGUAGUAGAAAAAGGGAGCACAGGAAGAGAAGAGGAGAGUGUAUUGGUGAGUUUCAUAGAUUAUUGGGGAAGAUGCCAUUGAGAUAUAGUUAUGGGAAGGUCGUUGAUUCAGUUGGAGAACAAGGGCUCUGUGACAAAGGUGGCAACUUGGUGUAUUGUGAUAGGCAAAUUUUUCAAUAGAAAUUAAAGUUCUAACAAUAUUCUUUGCAUAACUUAUAAAGUUGGUGUUAGUGGUCUCAGCAGCAUCUUGGAGGGUAAGGUUACGAACAACGUAACUUUGUCGUUCGACUCUUUCUCGGACUCCGCAUAUAACGGGAGGAGUUUAAUGUAUCAGAAUGCCUUUUAUAGUUUCCAUAUUUGUUUUCAAUAAUGCUUUCCAAACCGACUAAUAUAAAUAUAAAGUUUAUAAUUACUUUA